AUGGGCGAUUUGUUGCAGCGCGCUGCCGUCGCGCUCCUCCUGCUCCAGCUCCAGCCACUCCUUCUCUUGUCUUCGUCGCCAAAGCCUGUUGCCGCCGCGCGCCCCUCCCUCGGCGCCGUCGGGCGGCGCUACGACUCCAUCUUCAGCUUCGGCGACUCCUACACCGACACCGGCAACAACCCCGUGGCCUUCGCAUGGUACGACGUCGCCGACCCCGUGAUGCGCCCGCCCUACGGCUCCACCUUCUUCGGCCGCCCCACUGGACGCAACUGCGACGGCCGCCUCGUCAUCGACUUCAUCGCUGAACUCCUGGACCUGCCGCUGGUGCCUCCUUUCCUGGCGCACGGGCACGGCGACGGCAGCCUCCGCCGCGGCGCCAACUUCGCGGUCGGGAGCGCCACCGCCGUCGACGCGAGCUUCUUCCACCACGACGGGGAGGCCCUGUUCCCUAUUAACGUGAGCCUCAGCGUGCAGCUGCAGUGGUUCGAGUCUCUCAAGCCCUCGCUCUGCGCCACGCCCAAAGAGUGCCAGGAGUUGUUCGGCAGCUCGCUCUUCUUGGUGGGCGAGCUCGGGAUCAACGACUACUCCUCUUCGUUGGCCAGAUCGAAGAGCGUUCAGCUGGCCAGAUCACUGGUUCAGGACGUCGUCGGGACCAUCUCCAUGGCCAUCGAGAGGUUAAUCGACCACGGGGCGACACGUUUGGUGGUUUCCGGGAUGGUUCCGGCGGGAUGCGUGCCGCCGUUCCUCGUCCUGUUCGACGGCGCCGACCCGGCAAGCUACGACCCCCGGACAGGGUGCCUCAAGGAGAUGAACGAGCUGUCCAUCCACCACAACACUCUGUUGCAGGAGUCCCUAGGGAAGAUCAGAGCCAGGCACCCGGACGUCGAGGUCGCCUACGCCGAUUUCUUCAGCCCCGUCAUGGCGAUGGUGGAGUCGCCGGGAAAGUAUGGAUUCCUAGAGGAUGUUCUUGCCGGCUGCUGUGGAGGGCCGGGGAGGUACCACUUCAACGCGGACAUCUUUUGCGGCGAUCCGGGCGCGGACACGUGCGAGGAUCCAUCUGCUCGUCUGUUCUGGGAUGGCACCCACCUGACGGAGGCGGCGAACCGGUACAUCGCCGACGAGUGGCUCAGCAGUAUAAUCUCGCCGGCGAGGGCUAGCAGCUACUAG